UUAUUUCGAGAACACCCUUUCCUUUGUCUACUUUAUGCUAGGUUAUGUUGUUUUGCCAUAUUUUAGAUUCUAGAACGUGGAGAAGGUUUAGGACUUAGGAGCGAGUUUGAGACAUUUGGAGGCCAAAAUAAGACCAAGGAAUACUAAGCCAUAAUUCACGGUUUGUGACUCCAAAACUCACAGUCGUGAGACUUGCCAAAAAUGACGUGAGAAAAUCACAAGAGCUCAAAAUGAAAGUCACGAUUUGCUCACUCAAUGUCACGACUGCGACUUUCCUCAAUUUACGACCGUGAAUCUCGAGAGACGGCUAAAAUGAACGGGGCAUUUUAAGAAGUCACGACCUGAAAAAUGAAAGUCAUUGUCGUGUCGUUCGAUCGUGAAAAUGCCAUCGUUGGGUAGAAAUAGGAGGCUGCAAAUUUUCCAAAGGGAGUUCCAGUUUUUCAGACUAUAACUGAAAGAGGGAGACGUUAAAGAGAGUGCGCGACUUGGUAAAGUUCUUGGAGCUAUUUUGGCGAUUCUUCACCAUUGGAACUUGAGAAUCAAGUUUUGGAGCAGAAAUAGACGAUACGAGUUCCAUCACCACAAUGACAUUUUCAUAUUCUCAUAUGUUUUCCCCUUAUAUCUCUUUCUCACUUGAGGAUAAUGAACCUAGUCUUGAAUAUUGACCUGGUGAUUAUUUGGUACUCUAGUGAAUUUGAACUCAUAGUUUAUAUCAUAUUGAUGCAUUAUUCAGUGAAUAUUUGAGCCUCGAUCACGUUCUUAAGAUUUACGCUUUAACUUAUGAGAGAUGAAAUUUGAAUAGGUUUGUUAGAGCAACAUCAAUUGGAAGUUGGAAAUCGAUUACACAAGAGUGAAUUGAUUCAUUGCUUUGUAUCAUAUUUUGAUCCUAUAGAGGGAAUAUAGAGUGCAUUGCAUUUGUAGAUUGUCUUAACUGCACUCUAGAUUCCCUUAGCUGAGAAUAAAAUCACUCUAUCACUCUGUUCAAUGGAGUAUUGAUUACUUAAAUCGAGAUUCAAGACUCAAUAAGGAUUAUCCGCAAUAUAAACACGGAGUGAAAUGAACUGGGAAGCCAGUAAUCAAUGAUCUGACAAGAGACUAGGGGGGAUUCAAUAAAUUAUUUUCCAACCGAAUUGUGAUCAAUUUACUUAUUGCAUAGUUAAUUAAGAAUCAUUUACUGCUUUCAUCCUAAAUUUGAUUUGCUAAAUAAUAGACUUAGUCCGAGUAUUAAUACUCUACAGAACCAAGGGGUCGUUUGGAAGUUGCGAUUGUUAAAUAUAUGUAUUGUUGAGAAUGCAUGUAUAAUAUUAUACAUGUAUUGUCGAAUUUGAUGCAUUGUAGAAUACAAUGUUUGGUAUGUGUGAUUGUGUAUGUCGCAUCAGCUAAAAGUUGAGACAAAACAAUCUCAACUCAACUAUCUCAACAAUCACAACUAAAAGUUGAGAUAUAACAAUCACUCAAAAUGAGUGAUAGUUUCUGUCACAUCACAGAAACAAUCCACGUAUUGUUUCUGCUAAAAAACAAAAAAAGAUGCAUUGUAAACAAUACAUGCAUAAUGACAAUCUCAACAAAACUAUCGCAACUUUCAAACGACCCAAAGUGUCCAGUAUUAAAUUGUGUGUCACUAUAUUGCAGUAGAGUAUUUAUCCCUCUAUCUCCAACCUAAAACGAGCAGAAACAUGGUUACACAAUCCGACGAGAAGAAAGCUGUUUGAUUGCUCUGAGUCUGACUCCUGCCACAUGGACGCAUGAGAACCGUAAACCUUUCAUCCAAGAACUCUCCGAUUCCUGACUCAAUUUACCAAAAACACCCUUUCUAAUUGCAGCGUUGUCGCGCCCUGAUUGGUCGACAUACCCAAUCUCUCAACAACAGUCUUAAUGGGUCUACCUAACCUGAAACCGCCCCGUCGCCCCUAGACGUAAUCGUACCAGAAAAGCAUAGCUGGAAAUGAAACGACAUCAAAUACCAUCUUUAAAUGUCGUACCAUCUUCAAUUAAUUAAUUUUUAAUCAUUGAUUACAUUCUCACCGCCACUCAGAUUUCGAUCGUCGCCGCCUUCUUGGGCUAUUGAUGAUAGAGUGAUAGCUAAGCAGAGAGCUCUCUCGAAGCAAAUCCGGUUUCCACUUUUCAAGCUCUCUGCUCUUCCCGUGGGAAAACGAAAAACAUUUCCACUAUCGGCCGCCGUUCCACACGGUUUAGGCGACCGACCUUCUCGAAGCUUCGUGUUCGUCGUCGUCGUCGUCGCCGCUUCCGGUUCCCUCUCUGUUGAUCGCAAUCUCCGAGCUCGUUCGUCGAAACGGUAAUCAUUUUUGGAAGUACGUUCUUCCUCCUGUUUUGAUCCAAGUGAAUUUUGUUCGUUGCUCCGUCUCCUGAUCGGGGGAGCGAGCUGUGGUACGGAACUGUUUGAUCAUCGGUUUUCAGUUUAGGCUUUGGUAUUGUUCGGUUUCAGAGAAAUCGACUGCGAGAAUAUUAUUAGCGCUGUGGUCUAUAUUCUUGCUACGCGUAUCGAUUAUGUUGCUCGAUGGCGAUGGACUUCAAUUUUUAUGCUCUACUCUCUGGUUUUCGUUUUACCGUCUUCUUCUCACUUGAUCCUUCUUCCCGGUCUCUGAUCGGCGAGCGAGCUGUGGUACCGGCACUCUUUGAUCCUCGGUUUUCAGUCUAGGCUUUGGUUUUGUUCGGUUUCAGAGAAAUCGACUGCGAUAUAUUAUUAGUGCUUGUGGCUAUCUUCUUGCUGCGCGUAUCGAUUCUGUUUCUCGAUGGCGAUGGACUUCAAUUUUUAGGCUCUACUCUCUGGUUUUCGGUUUACUGUAUUCUUCGCACUCCCGGCUUCUUGCUAUAUCUAGCCUCGGUGUGUUCAGUGAAUAUUUGGUACUUUUUAUUGGUUUCUUCCUUUCAUAGUUACUUCACAUGAAUUGGCAGUUCAGGAGCCUUGAAUCUGGAUGUGGUGAGGCUGACAUGUGGCAUGGCAGGACGUCAACUUGAGGCAUACUCUAUGUACAAGCGAAUGCCUUCAAGAGACCACGAAGAUAUGACCGAGGUAGAAGAUAAUGAAGCUCUUUUACAGGGCAAUUUGGAAGUGGAAAAUACUAAUCCUUCCUGGAAACGGUCACUUCCAUAUGUAUUGGUUGCAACAAUACCCUCCCUCUUAUUUGGUUACCAUCUUGGAGUUGUUAAUGAGCCACUUGAAAGCAUAUCAUUGGAUCUUGGGUUUGAUGGGAACGCCUUGGCAGAAGGACUGGUGGUUAGUAUAUCCCUGGCUGGAUCCUUGCUUGGGUCGUUGUUCAGUGGUUCAAUUGUCGACAGUAUUGGGCGCCGCAAGGCUUUUCAGUUAGCUGCUUUGCCAAUGAUUCUUGGUCCUGCGGUUAGUGCAUCAACCAAAACUCUUGCCGGUAUGCUCAUAGGACGGUUCUUGGUGGGUAUUGGUAUGGGUCUUGGCCCAACUGUGGCUUCUCUCUAUGUGGCAGAGAUUUCUCCUGCCUUUGUGAGGGGUACCUAUGGAAGCUUCAUUCAGAUUGCAACAUGUGUUGGGUUUUUGGCAUCUCUAUUUGUCGGACUCCCUGUUAAAGAUAUAAAAGGCUGGUGGCGCACUUGUUUUUUGGUUUCUACAAUUCCUGCUGGAAUACUUGCUCUUGCCAUUCAAUUAUGUGUCGAGAGCCCUCACUGGCUGUUCAAGCAAGGAAGAACCAUUGAAGCUGAAGCAGAAUUUGAAAAGCUUUUAGGUGUGGCACAUGUGCAAAGUGCAAUGCAAGAAUUGUACAAAGUAGACAGAGGAGAUGACACUGAUGCGGUGAAGCUCUCAGAAUUGCUUUCGGGUCGUCAUUUUAGAGUUGUUUUUAUUGGAUCAUCCCUAUUUGCUUUCCAACAGCUAUCUGGUAUAAACACCGUAUUUAAUUUCUCGUCAACCGUAUUCAAAAGUGCGGGAGUGCCUUCAGAACUGGCAAAUGUCUUUGUCGGAAUUGCAAAUUUGUUAGGUUCUCUGAUUGCAAUGGUUCUGAUGGAUAAACAAGGAAGGAGGUCACUCCUCAUUUGGAGCUUCUUUGGACUCGCUGUGUCCAUGGGGCUGCAAGGUUUUGCAGCAAACUCCUACUUAGCUGAAACUUUUGCUUCGUACCUCUCUGUUGGAGCCAUGUUAAUGUGUGUCUUGACUUUCUCUUUAGGAGCUGGCCCAGUCCCUGGUCUUCUACUCCCAGAAAUUUUCCCGAGUCGAAUCAGGGCAAAAGCUGUGGCGAUCUGUAUGUCAGUCGGCUGGGUGAUCAAUUUCUUCGUGGGGUUGAUGUUCUUGUGGUUGCUUCAGCGACUCGGGAGACAGCUCCUGUACACCUGCUUUGCAGCCUUUUGCUUGAUGGCAGUGGCUUUCGUGAGAAGAAACGUCAUGGAAACUAAAGGGAAGUCGCUCCAGGAAAUCGAGAUAGCUCUUCUGUCGCCUGAAUUCUGAGAAGAAGGCCUCUUCUUGCCUUCUCCUGGAUACAGCCAUCAGCCGGUGUCAUCUUCUCUGUUUUAAUUUUCUUUUUUCAGCCCUAUCAAUUGAGCUGAUGAGAAAGCUACUGUUUUCUAGCCUGCCACUCUAAUCGGUACCACUGAUUCCAGCAAUAUCAUAAUGUGUGUAUAGGCCCUACUAGCAGCCGUCAAGCUGUAUAAUUAUGUGCUAUAAACCUUAGUAAACAUCGUAGUGAACAAUAUUCAUGCUUGAUCCUAUGAAAGUCAGGCUCGAUCUAUUGCACUUUGUCGAAAGAAAACAUGAUCAGUUAG